UAUUCCCAGGACUGUCCAGAGGAGAAGCUCCCAGAGAACCAUCAGGAUGAAAAUCUGAUGGAUGUUAAGGCUGAGGUUAAAGAUGAAGCAGAAGAGGAGACGGAUUUAUGGGGCGAUCAGCAGGAAAAUCCCUGUGAGAAGCCUGAAGGAAACAUCAUCGUGUUAUCUCUAGAUUAUAAAGAUGAAGACACCAGGCAGCGCUCUUCAGGAGAAAACUUCAUUACCUGUAAUGUACAUCCAGGACUUCACAAUGCAGAGCCAUCAAAUAAUUCCCCCAACAAUGAGGAACUUUCUAAUGACCAAUCUCAGAUUAUCAACCCAAGUCCAAAUCUAUCAUAUAAUCAUCCUAAAUAUGAGGAUUCUUCUACUGAUCAAUCACAGAUUAUUACUCCAAAUAUAAGGCAGAGACGGGGUAAAAUGUUUAAUUGUGAGGAACGUGGAAAACAGUUUAGAUAUAAGUCAGAGCUUUCUGUACACAGAAGUCGUCACAAAGGAGAGAAGCCGUAUUCAUGUUCAGAAUGUGGUAAAUGUUUUAUCAAGAAAUCAAGCCUUGAUCAACAUAAAAGAAUUCACACAGGAGAGAAGCCAUAUUCAUGUUCAGAAUGUGGGAAAUGCUUUAACCAGAAAUCAAGCCUUGAUCUACAUAAAAGAAUUCACACAGGAGAGAAGCCAUAUUCAUGUUCUGAAUGUGGAAAAUGUUUCAUAGAAAAAAAAGGUCUUGCUAAACAUCUCAGAAUUCACACGGGAGAGAAGCCGUAUUCAUGUUCAGAAUGUGGUAAAUGCUUUAACCGAAAAGCAAGCCUUGAUCUACAUAAAAGAAUUCACACAGGAGAGAAGCCAUAUUCAUGUUCAGAGUGUGGUAAAUGUUUUACAGAUAGAUCAUAUCUGCUUACACAUCAGAGAAUUCACACAGGAGAGAAGCAACAUUCAUGUUCAGAAUGUGGGAAAUGUUUUAGCCGAAAAUCAAGCCUUAAUAUACAUAAAAGAAUUCACACAGGAGAAAAGCCAUAUUCAUGUUCAGAGUGUGGUAAAUGUUUUACAGAUAGAUCAUAUCUGCUUACACAUCAGAGAAUUCACACAGGAGAAAAGCAACAUUCAUGUUCAGAAUGUGGGAAAUGUUUUAACCGAAAAUCAAGGCUUAAUAUACAUGAAAGAAUUCACACAGGAGAGAAGCCAUAUUCAUGUUCAGAGUGUGGUAAAUGUUUUACAGCUAGAUUACAUCUGGUUACACAUGAGAGAAUUCACACAGAAGAGAAGCCAUUUUCAUGUUCAGAAUGUGGGAAAUAUUUUAGAGAUAAAAACCAUCUUACUACACAUCAGAGAAGUCACACAGGAGAGAAACCAUUUUCAUGUUCAGAAUGUGGGAAAUAUUUUAGAGAUAAAAACCAUCUUACUACACAUCAGAGAAUUCAUACAGGAGAGAAGCCAUAUUCAUGUUCAGAAUGUGGGAAAUGCUUUAACCAGAAAUCACACCUUAAUCAACAUAAAAGAAUUCACACAGGAGAGAAGCCAUAUUCAUGUUCUGAAUGUGGAAAAUGUUUCAAAGAAAAAAAUGAUCUUACUAAACAUCUCAGAAUUCACACAGGAGAGAAGCCGUAUUCAUGUUCUGAAUGUGGAAAAUGUUUUAAAGAAAAAAAAGGUCUUGCUAAACAUCUCAGAAUUCACACAGGAGAGAAGCCAUAUUUAUGUUCAGAGUGUGGUAAAUAUUUUACAGAUAAAUCAUAUCUGCUUAAACAUCAGAGAAUUCACACAGGAGAGAAGCCACAUUCAUGUUCAGAAUGUGGGAAAUGCUUUAACCGAAAAUCAAGCCUUGAUCUACAUAAAAGAAUUCACACAGGAGAGAAGCCAUAUUCAUGUUCUGAAUGCGGAAAAUGUUUCAUAGAAAAAAAAAAUCUUACUAAACAUCUCAGAAUUCACACAGGAGAGAAGCCAUAUUCAUGUUCAGAAUGUGGGAAAUAUUUCAGAGAAAAAAAAAAUCUUACUACACAUCAGAGAAAUCACACAGGAGAGAAACCAUUUUCAUGUUCAGAAUGUGGGAAAUGCUUUAACCAUAAAUCAAGCCUUGAUCAACAUAAAAGAAUUCACACAGGAGAGAAGCCAUAUUCAUGUUCUGAAUGCGGAAAAUGUUUCAUAGAAAAAAAAAAUCUUACUAAACAUCUCAGAAUUCACACAGGAGAGAAGCCAUAUUCAUGUUCAGAAUGUGGGAAAUAUUUCAGAGAAAAAAAACAUCUUACUACACAUCAGAGAAAUCACACAGGAGAGAAACCAUUUUCAUGUUCAGAAUGUGGGAAAUGCUUUAACCAUAAAUCAAGCCUUGAUAAACAUAAAAGAAUUCACACAGGAGAGAAGCCAUAUUCAUGUUCUGAAUGCGGAAAAUGUUUCAUAGAAAAAAAAGGUCUUACUAAACAUCUCAGAAUUCACACAGGAGAGAAGCCGUAUUCAUGUUCUGAAUGCGGAAAAUGUUUCAUAGAAAAAAAAGAUCUUACUAAACAUCUCAGAAUUCACACAGGAGAGAAACCAUUUUCAUGUUCAGAAUGUGGGAAAUGCUUUACCAAGAAAUUAAGUCUUAAUCGACAUAAGAGACUCCACACAGAAGAGAAGACAUGUUGAUGUUUUGUGUAAGAAAAAAUGUUUUACAAAUAAAUUAGUCUUUCAAACUUGCA